UUAAAGAGCAUUCUGCAAAUACUGAAAUAUUAUGACCAUGUCCUCAUGUGUCAGGAAAAGGAUGUUGUACUGCCCUCUGUUGGAUGUGAUUAAACCAAGAUAAACUGCUAGCUAAAACACAAGAGAGCAGCACAAUUGACUGAACAGGCUGGACGAGAAUGGAUCAGAUAGAGGUAUCACACAGUCAUGAAGAAGGGAUUAAUUUAUCUUACUCUCCCAAACUGAGAUUGGUCCUGAUUGGAGUGACAGAAGCUGGGAAAAGUGCUGUUGGUAAUGCCAUUCUGGGCAAGAAAGCCUUUGAUGAGGUUGGGGUAAAGACUCGAGCAAGUUUCUCGUGUCAGGGUCUGGUGAGAGGACAGCAGGUGCUUGUUGUUGACACCCCGGGUUGGGAAUGGUUCAACAUCAAUGGCUCCUCUGCAUCAGUAUGGACGGUGAAGAAGGAGAUAAUGAGGAGUAUGAGUUUUUGCCAGCCUGGUGCCCAUGCCCUGCUGCUGGUGGUACCACUGUCAUUUACAUUCUCCCAGCGUGAGUGCCAUGCCGUGGAGGAACACGUUGAGCUGUUUGGUCCAGAAGCCUGGAGUUGCAGUUUGGUGCUCUUCACAGUCUUAGACAGAAAACAGUUACGUGGUACCACCCUAAAGCAAGAAGUGAAGUUGAACGUGGAGCUAAACAGGCUGGUUGAGAAAUGUGGAGGCCGUUUUCAUGCGCUGUACAGCAAUCUUAAAGAAGGUGAGAACCAGGUGGAUGAACUUCUGGCCAAGAUCACAAAAAUGAUGGCUAACAAUGGAAGUACUAUGCUCUCCAGUGAGACGGUACUGGAAAAGGCCAGCGAAAUGGAGAAAGAAGAGGAGAGAAGAUUGGAGGAAGAGCAAAAAAAGAGGGAAGAGCACAUAGAGAAAGUGAGAGAGGCAUUGAAGGCAAAGGAAUUAAGAAGGUCGAGAAGGAGAAAAGACCAACAGAUAUUGGGCGAUGAGGAACAGAAAGCCUCGGCUAGAUACAAUAAUAACAAUGACCUGCCUAGCAGUGGCAGAAGUAACUUUCUUCAGAGCUGCAAACAACAAUGAACAACGUAAAUGACCCCAGGAUGAAACAGUCAUAUCCACCCCUGCAACUUCCACAACUCACCACCAGAAACCAGCCCAUCAUCAUUUCUCAUCUGUAGUACCUGAUACUACAGAGUGAACCUGAAACAUCCAAAGCAACUUAAACAUGAAAAACACAAACAUGCUUAGUCACUUUAUUUAUUUACAUAAUUAUUGUUAAUGAUUUACAAAAUCAAAGCUCGUAAUACAUUGUUGUAAUGUUUUGCAUUCAAACAUUUCCUUUUUUUUUUAAAGGCUCUAUCAUGGUAACUAAAGAAUAUAUCAUGAAAUUUUAAACAAUUUAAAACUGCACAAAUAUGAUUUCCACAAUGUUCUGCUCUGCUUUUACCAGUUUGGGGGAUUUAAUUUUAAAUUGAAAAAUAAAUUAAAAUUGUACAAUUCUAAAUUGAACCAGGGGUUUUCUGUGACAUUUUAAAAGUUAAACCGUUUGUAAUUAAAAUGUAUUAAAAAAUUCCUUUAAUAUGCAAAAGCUGUUAUUUUCUUCUUUUCAUGCUUGUCUUUGACAAAAUUAGUUUUCAAUCCACUGCUACAAUCAGUCUGCAUCUUUCAGAAUUUCCUUUUAUGCAUAUACACUCAAUUUUAUAAUAUUACGUGUUGUAAGUAAAUAUUACUGUCAGUGUUUAACUGAAGCAAUCGAAACAGUCACACCCCAAGAGCAAAUAACAUGUGAUAAACAGCAGAUACAUUCACAGUGAUACAAAUAAGGUGUAACCAGGCCACUUAAACAGCCCAUUAUCAUCCAUAAGCCAUUGACACAUAAGGCGCACACAUAAAUUCAAUGUGAUAUUUGACAGUGUAAAUCAUAUGUACACAAAGUUUUCAGCUCAGACUUCCACUAGUAUGCAAGGAUUUUUAACUCCCAAAACAUUCAUUCAAAACAUUCAUUUGCCAUGUGCCAAAUAUCAAGAUCUCAGUAAUGCUU